AUUUAUUUGUGCGGGAAAAAUGUCAACGUCGCUCCAAGCGCUUACCUUCCAACGACUUCAUCCGCGAGCUUACUUGGAACGAUUUCUUGCGGAAGGCGUCAGGCCUGAUGGCAGAGGUGAUUCAAGCUGGCGGGACAUCAGUGUCAAUUCCGGAUCCAUUUCGACCGCAGAUGGGUCGGCCCUCGUAAGGCUUGGAGACACUACUAUAGUGUGUGGCGUCAAGGCCGAGGUUGCUGAACCAGACAUCGAUCAUCCAGCAAGUGGAUUCAUUGUUCCUAAUGUUGAUUUAUCCGCUAUGUGCUCUCCUCUCUUCAAAACUGGUCCUCCUGGGGAGGAGGCUCAAAUUAUAUCCCAGUAUAUUUAUGGAACCCUCUUAAGCUCCGAAUUCUUGCCUCUCAAGAGUUUGGCCAUUGAGCCAGGGAAGGCGGUAUGGUGCCUCUAUAUUGAUGCUGCAUGCAUUAAUUAUGACGGGAAUGCCCUUGACGCCACCCUGUUAGCUGUGGUCACUGCACUAAAGAACACGCAACUUCCUACCGCCACCUUCUCGGAGACGACUGGCAGGACAACCAUCUCAAGAACGCUAUCUGCUCCUCUCUCACUCAACUUUGCACGGACGCCUUCAUCCUUCACUUUUGGCCACUUCAAACCUAGUUCAAGCCCGUUACCCAACUCAGUCCCUGAAUCAUUCUUUCUGGCUGAUCUCACUUCAUUCGAGGAGCCAUUAAUGGAAAGCACCUUGGCGGUCGUCAUGUAUCCUAACGGUGAUAUUGGUGGCAUCACACAAACUGGUGUCAUUGAUACUGUGACGUCCUUACCUCAGGGUGAGCGUGGCGUAACGGGCUCUUAUGAUGCAAUUACUCGAGCUACGUUGCUUGCGAAAAGUCAACUCGCCAGCCUCCACAAACAGAAACUAAUGUGAAUAGGGUGCGUUCUACUUGGGCUCUAGUAGGCAUGUUCGACAUCUUUCUUCGCGAACGGAAGCUUUGGCCGAUUAGUAGUCGCGUUAAUCUCCAGAAUGGGGAAGGCAUCACUUGCGUGCAUGACAGGGGACGCACUGUGGAAUUGGGAAACCUCUAGUAUCCUAUGUACCCCGAUCUCCGUACUACCGACUACAGUGAAAGUGGCCGUUGUUGGCCUACUCACUUUAUGCUAACCACAUGCUUAAAGUCCACCAUGACCAGCUUUGUUCCAUGAUGAUUUGUUGGAUGACUGACCUCAGGCAGAAAAUAUUCGUUUCUCUAUCCCUAUGACAGAAUGUACUGCUCAGCAAAAUCUGAUAACUGCCUGAAGCGGCAUUGCCGGCUU